AUGAACGAAUAUAUCGAAGAUUGGUCUGAAGAACGAUAUGCCACUUUGAAAUCCAGUUUGGAGGUACAUGAACCUAGCACUUUAAGAUGUCACUCGACAAAGAAGAGUGAAACUGACGGACGUCAAUUGCAUGACGACGUCGAAAGCAGGCAUGUUAGUGAGAGGGGUAAAUAUCCUCAAGGGAAAGCUUACACAAACAGUAAACAGUAUAGAAGUAACUUAGUAAACCAAGAACCAACCGAUGGUAUGAAAAAGACUAGCCCUUCCUUCAAAAGAUCACACUUGGAGCAAUUUAGUGAUCAAAAAACAGAUACCGAUUAUGACGAUUUUAAUCUAAGUGGACUAGAAUUGGAAAAAGAAACCGAUUUUGCACAACAUGCUCCUCAAAAGAAUAGAGAAUCAAGUAGCGGCAAUUUUACCCGCAUCUCAUGGAAUGCCCAACCCCAACCGAAGUCUUCAAUCAGUUCAAACUUAUCAUCAAACUUUGAUUACAAGGGCAACAACUCACCACAUUCACAAUCUCUACAUGGAAAACGGUCAAUGCCCUUAUUGAGAUACGAAGGGAGCAAUCUUGUUCCUAGCUCAACUGGUCAUCAGUUACGUAAAGUGUCGUCUAUAGUAGAAAUGCCAUUUCGGAUGAACUGCUCCGCUAUGUCAGAAGAACGACGGGAAGAUUCAAUAGAAGACUUGCAUGAUCCUGAUGAUGAAUUAGAAGAUAGUAACAAUUUCCGGAUCACAUUAGGGGAUCGUCAAUCGCUCAAGAAACUAAUCAACCUAGCAAAUUACAUGGAAGUUUCACAUACAAAUUCCUCAGUUGGAAGCACAACAAAGAAAUCUCGGAUGCGAUUAAUUAGACAUGGUAGUGGGCGUAAAGAGCGAAAAGCUCACAUUGGGCCGAUGAGGUUUAAUUCUAUGGCCAGUCGAUGGGAGGGUAAUGAGGAAGACCUUGAAAGGUUUGAGGCAGCUUUAGAACGGGAAUCGUUUGGAGGUAUGACCAGCAAUCAGAAUAAAAGUGCAUACAGGCCUGCUAUUCCUGAGAUUGUGAACGGGAUAGAUAUUGGUGGUAUUUUCGCAUUGAAAGAGUCCUGGAAAGAGCGAUGUCAGCAUGAGGAGCAUCGGUGGAGUCGCAAGAUCAAUCAAUGGUUCAAUGGAAGGGAUGAGGAAGAUGGUUUCGGUGAUUUAAUUAAACAAAGGCAUGAAAUCAGAACAAUGAUUGGGCGCAGCACAAUUUAG